UGAGAAUCCAAAUGAGGGCGACAAACGUACAUGUCGGCAAAAUGUUGCGCUAACUAUCUACGUCAAAAUAUUAUUUCUUCAGGGUACUAUUACACUGACAAGUGAGAGAAGAGUUAGAAAGUUCGGAGACUUUUCACCAGGGAAGCUAGAAAGGCUGUAUAUUCAUCAAACAACCAGUGAAACGUUCGAUACGACAGUUCUUUUGAGCGUCGAUAUUCUUUGGUCUGCAUUUGUCUUCGUUUUACGACCGAAACUAAGUUAACGAUGAGCUUCCUAUUUGGCAGUCGCUCGUCUAAGACCUUCAAGCCGAAGAAGAACAUCCCAGAGGGCUCCCACCAAUACGAGCUGUUGAAGCAUGCAGAGGCAACGCUGGGGAGUGGGAACCUGAGGCAGGCUGUCAUGCUGCCAGAGGGGGAAGAUCUCAAUGAGUGGAUUGCUGUUAACACUGUGGACUUCUUCAAUCAGAUCAACAUGCUCUACGGCACCAUUACUGAGUUCUGCACUGAGACCAGCUGUUCUGUGAUGUCUGCAGGGCCCAGGUAUGAAUACCACUGGGCGGAUGGCACCAACAUCAAAAAACCCAUCAAGUGCUCUGCUCCCAAGUACAUAGACUACCUGAUGACCUGGGUGCAGGAUCAGCUGGAUGAUGAGACACUCUUCCCCUCCAAGAUAGGAGUGCCCUUUCCCAAGAACUUUAUGUCCGUGGCCAAGACUAUUCUGAAGCGCCUGUUCAGAGUCUAUGCCCACAUCUACCACCAGCAUUUUGACUCUGUGAUGCAACUGCAGGAGGAGGCUCACCUCAACACCUCCUUCAAACACUUCAUCUUCUUUGUCCAGGAGUUCAACCUCAUUGAUCGCCGUGAGCUGGCCCCUCUGCAGGACCUCAUUGAGAAACUGGGCUCCAAGGACAGAUAAACACCUCCGUCUCUCGCUCUCUAACCCCCCUCUGUCUUUCUGUAACUUCUUCACUUGGCCUUUUCUUUCUCCAUCCAUUCAUUUACCUGUGUGUUUUCUGUUCUAGUUUUUUGCUCUCGCCCUCUAGUUGUCUGACUUUGUUUCAGGGCUUGUUUUGUUAAAGCUCACUCUAGUCUUUAAGGUAAGAUGCCAGGGUGUAGUAUAUUAAAUGUAUUUUUUUUGGUCGUUUUGUUAAACAAAUUCUAUAAUUGGGACCUGCUGACCUGAACUGUGGACCAAUAUAAUUUAGGAGUUUAAAUGGAAACCAACAUUUCUUUCCUAUAGGAUUUACAAGCACAUAAAAAAAACAUUUUUUUUUUAAUUAUCAUGUUUUUAGUCAAUGUACUUAAAUACUGUUUUUUGGAUCUUGUAUCUGGAACAGUUUUUGUAUUUUAGAUUUUUUUCCACUUAAGAUGAACAAAGUUGCAAAAGUCAGGGGAUAUUGAUCAAUACAUAUUUGCAGUGUCACUUGAUAUACUUGUGAAAUAGAUAAUCUUCCAUAGUUCAUAAACAAUCAGUGAUCAUAUUUUUAUGCUUGACUUAACUGCUUAGUUAUAAGGUAUUUUAAGAGAACGCAUUCAAGUAUCAGAGGAUGACAUUUUGAAAACAAAUGAAAUGUAGUAUAAUGUGAAUAUUUUGAUCUUUCUCAUUUCACUCAAAUAGCACAAAAUGUGCCUCAGUUAUGUUUUUACUAUGUCAAAUUCCUUGGAUGUCUUUGUCCUUCUGCUGGUACUUAAUUGUAAUAUCAAGUCAAUUCUUGUUUUAUUGUUUAUUAAACAUACCUUUACUCAAGCAUGCAAAAUGCAAUAAUAGAAAUAGUGCUCGCACCAAUACAUGACAAGGUUGAGUGUGUGAUAGGUCAUUAUUUUAUGUGAUAUUUUUUUUGUUUUUUGUCUUAUCUGAGUGUGUGACAUGUUAACUCACCCUAGUCCUUAUGUGUUCAAUCCAGGCACAGUGCUAAAGCAGUAGGGCUGUUGGUUGUGCCACCUUGACGCAAAUUAAAUUGAUCCUAUUCCAUGCAAAUUUCUUGCCACAAAUGGAAUGUUAUUUAUAAAGAAAAAAGCUAUUAGUAUUUACCCUCUUCCUGAUAUGGACUGAGUAUAAAGGUCUAGGUGCUACUCCAUUUGAUACCUUAGACAUGCUCCGAAACUUUCGUGACUUAAGUAUUUUUUAAAAUUCUCCUGCUGUGGGCUGGAUGUGUUAAUGUGUAGUUCAUACAUGCAUACUCGAUGAGCAGAAUUAGUCUUACCUCAAUUAGCCACGAAAUCCCAAGUUUAAAACAGACUGUUUUAUGGAAUCAGUGCUGUGCCAUUUUCCCCCAAGUGGGCCAGUCCCCUAGCAAUUUGAGUUCAACCAAUGAGCUCCAGCCCCUUGCCAUAUGAGUGGCAGCUAGCAUGAGGCACAUCAUGCACAUACAGCAAAGUGAGAGAGGUCAAUGACGUGUUGCACAUAUCUGCACAUACUUGAUGUAGUAUGUCAUUUUUGGGGACCACUUGGCUCAUUAGUGCUACUUUCAGAACUACUGGCAAAAAUGAUAGAAAAUAAAGUCACCUGAUAUAUACUGAUAUACCGCCAGUAUGUGUGCUUAUAGAUUUGAUUAUGUUCAACAUUGAUUUUCAAUGUGCUGUUACAUUCCCCAUAGGCAAUGAUGUUGGGAAUAAGACAAUACACACCAUAUGUUUCUGGAAUAAGUCAAGUGUAGUUUUUUUUUAGGGGGGGGGGCUACUCUUUUUAUUUUUUACACAUUAACCUAAUUUUUUAGUUUUUCUUUUUUCUCCCAGAUAUCCAAUGAAAACAGUUUGGUAUGCCAUAGAUUUGGAGUUACAUUUUAUCAUAUUUUUCAUAUUGCUGUUGAACAAUUCCUUUUAACUUUGGUUAAAGGAAUUUUAAAAAGUGUAACAUAUAUAUAUAUAUUGGAGGUCAUUUGUGGGCAAUGUGAUUGUUACAAUGCUCAAUGUGAGUUCAAUACUCUGCUGUAAAUAGGAUAAUUUACAGAACAUUUAUCUGAACAAAACUGUGCUUUUUUUAAAUGUCUGAAAUUACAUUAUUCAUAGCAGAAUAGCUUAAUUAACAUUAAAUGAAUUUGUGGA